AGGUUCAAGGACUGUUAAUGGUUUGUAACUGCCUGACAAUAAGCUCAACCUCAAAGUUACAUCAGCCUGGGCAGAUGUCUAAGGAUAUGAGACUGGAAGAAGAAAAGGUAGAAUCUGGAGCAGAAGGACGAAGCUUGCCACCUGCCUACUAGACUGAGCUUUUAAUGUGAUUUAAAUUUCUAAGCUCUAUGCAGGCGUCCUGGAAAUGGUGGUCUUCAUUAAUGCAAAGAUUAAGUCUUUAAUUAAACUUUUUAAGAAGAAAACGGUUUCCAACUUAGAUGAAGAGAGCCGAUGGACAGUCCACUACACUGCUCCAUGGCACCAGCAGGAGAAUGUGUUUCUUCCCACCACAAGACCCCCCUGUGUUGAGGACCUGCACCGCCAAGCCAAGCUCAACCUCAAAUCAGUAUUGAGGGAGUGUGACAAAUUGCGGCGGGAUGGCUACCGGAGUUCUCAGUACUACUCUCAGGGACCCACCUUUGCAGCCAACUCCAGCUCACUCUGUGAUGAUUAUCAAGAUGAAGAUGAAGAGACAGAUCAAAAGUGUUCCCUCUCCUCUUCAGAAGAAGAAAGAUUUAUUUCCAUCAGGAGACCUAAAACGCCAACCUCAGGUGACUUCUCCGACCUUAAUACUCAGACGAACUGGACCAGGUCACUUCCACUGCCAACCCCGGAAGAAAAGAUGCGACAGCAAGCCCAAACAGUCCAGGCUGAUGUGGUUCCUAUUAACAUAACUGGGGAGAAUUUCGAUCGCCAGGCCAGCCUUCGGCGGUCUCUAAUUUACACAGACACUCUGGUAAGACGACCGAAGAAAGUCAAAAGGAGAAAGACUAUUACAGGAAUCCCUGACAACAUACAGAAGGAGCUAGCCUCAGGUGCAGGCCAAGAUGGCAUUGGUGGUCACUCCAUGUACACCCCAGACCACUACUCUACACUAGGAAGGCUCGAUAGCUAUCGGUCUGCUGGGCAGCGCUCAGAAACCAGGGACUCCAGCUGUCAGACGGAGGAUGUGAAAGUCGUGCCACCUUCGAUGAGAAGAAUCAGGGCACAGAAGGGGCAGGGCAUUGCUGCCCAGAUGGGCCAUUUCUCGGGCUCCUCAGGCAACAUGUCUGUGCUGAGCGAUUCUGCGGGUGUGGUGUUCCCUUCUCGCCUUAACCACGAAGCUGGUUUCCACAGUCUUCCACGUUCAGGAGUGAGGGCGAACAUUCAGUCCCUCGAGCCUAGGCUGAGUGCCCUGGGGCCUGCAGGAGAUAUGGAUGGCACUUUCCCUCACCAGAGGGAGAACCCACAAGUAAAUGAAAACUUAGGACGUUUAGGGGGUGCCUCAAGGACAGGAACACUGUUGAGGCCCAAAUCCCAGGAGCUGAGGCACUUUGAGAGUGAAAACGUCAUGAGCCCCGCAUGUGUGGUUUCUCCUCAUGCGGCGUACUCCACCAGCAUCAUCCCCAAUGCGACACUGUCUUCCUCUUCAGAGGUUAUCGUUAUUCACACGGCUCAGAGUUCAGGGCAGCUGGAAAGUAAAAUUACCAGCUCAUCAUAUGCAAAGACAAAAUCCAGAGACCACCUCCCCUCUAGACAUGCUGUGAGAGAUGAUCAUCCAUCUCCCAGGCGUCACUGGCACGAGGGGCACUCCACCAUUCUCUCCCAGGCCCUAGACACCCAUUCUCCCAGUGCAACCACACUGCUGUCCCUCUGUGAUUCAGAGGUCUCUCUCAACGCCCCAGCAAAUAGGGAGAAUGGGUCCCAAGCCGUGCCAUAUAAUUGUAGAAACAACCUGGCCUUCCCAGCCCACCCCCAGGAUGUGGAUGGCAAGAGUGAGUCUAGUUAUUCCGGGGGUGGAGGGCAGGGCGGUCCAGAGCCCUGGGAAUACAAAGCCUCAGGUAACGGCCAGGCAUCCCUGCUGAAGCCACAUCCGGCAACACCUGGCUAUUCCACCCCCGCAAGUAACAUGAGCAGCUGCAGUUUGGAUCAGACGUCCAACAAAGAGGAUGCAGGGUCGCUGUAUUCUGAGGACCACAAUGGCUGCUGCACGUCUGCACUCACCGACGCUGGGCGUGGGUCUGGGAAUCUGUGUAAUAGCAGUGAUGGCUUUGGGAACCCCAGGCACAGCGUGGUUAAUGUUUUUGAUGGAAGAGCUCAGAAAAGCCAAGGGGACAGGUCGCAUUACCAGGAUAAAUCCCUUUCGAGAAACAUCUCUUUGAAGAAAGCAAAGAAGCCCCCCCUGCCCCCCUCCCGGACAGACUCCCUGCGCAGGGUUCCCAAGAAGAGCGGCCAGUCCAACGGGCAGGUGCUCAAUGAGAGCCUGAUCGCCACUCUCCAGCACUCGCUGCAGCUGAGCCUCCCGGGCAAGGGUGGCAGCUCGCCCUCCCAGAGCCCCUGCAGUGACUUGGAGGAGCCCUGGCUGCCCCGAUCCCGCAGCCAGAGCACAGUCAGUGCCGGCAGCAGCAUGACCUCUGCCACCACCCCCAACGUCUAUUCCCUGUGUGGGGUCACUCCGUCGCAGAGCGACACGAGCAGUGUCAAGUCGGAGUACACGGACCCUUGGGGUUACUACAUCGACUACACAGGCAUUCAGGAAGACCCGGGGAACCCAGGAGGUGGCUGUCCAACCAGCAACGGGGCACCUCCUGGCAACGGGCCAGUCCGCCACGUCCAAGAAGGGUCCAAGGCCACAGUGCCCCAAGUGCCCAGUGGUUCCAUCAAACCAAAGAUCACAUCACCGGAGAAGUCACACAGAGUCACUUCUCCAUCCAGUGGGUAUUCCAGCCAGUCUAACACACCCACUGCACUCACCCCCGUGCCUGUGUUUUUAAAAUCAAUGUCACCAGCAAAUGGGAAGGGGAAGCCCAAGCCCAAGCCCAAGGUACCAGAAAGGAAGUCCUCUCUGAUAUCUUCAGUGUCCAUUUCCUCAUCGUCCACUUCUCUUUCCUCUAAUACUUCUACUGAAGGAAGUGGCACCAUGAAGAAGCCGGAUUCAACCUUGGCCUCCCCCCUGGCUCCUCCUCCUCCUCCUCUUCCAUCUCCCUGUCUGGCAGACAGGUCUGCCUGCCUUCCUCCUCCUCCUCCUGUAGCAGACUGCUCCGAGGUCUCUCCUCUGCCUCCCUCUCCCGUCUUCCCCCCUCCGCCACCGGAAGCUCUAGCUCCCUUCUGCUCGCCCGCUGAACCGUGCUGUCCUCUUCCUGCCACUGCGAUGGGGCCCCGUCUUCCAGAUCCGUCUGCGUCCUGGCCGUCGCCUCCGCCUGUCUUACCCACUUCAGAGACCCCCCCUGCCCCACCUCUUGAUGCCAAGUUCCUGAAAGACACCAGGCCUUCCUUCACAAGGCCUGACCAGCCAGAAUCCUCUCGGGAGGCCUCUAGGCCACCUUCUACCAAGGAGGAGACCAGCAGACCCCCCAUGCCCCUGAUAACCUCAGAAGCGUUGCAGAUGGUGCAGUUGAGGCCCGUGAGAAAGAACUCAGGCGCCGAGGCAGCACUGCUGUCUGAACGAACAGCUCAGGAAAAACGAACCCCAGUUGCUCCACAGUACCACUUAAAGCCAUCUGCUUUCCUGAAAUCCCGAAAUAGCACAAAUGAAAUGGAGAGUGAAAGCCAGCCUGCCUCCCUGACAGGCUUGCUUCCGACGCCUGCCAAGAGCUCGAUUCAGGGUGACCAUGGCAGUGCAGCCGAGCGUGGCAGCCCUCCGAGCCACAGCCCUGGAGCUCCGGGCCUGGGGCCGAGCUCCAGGGAGGCCGAGGCUCGGCCUGGCCCCAGGACCGCCCCCCUCUCAGACUCUUCACCCAGCAGGAAGCCGCCUCCCAUUUCCAAGAAGCCCAAACUGUUCCUGGUGGUGCCACCUCCACAGAGGGAUUUCACAGCAGAGACUUCAGAGAACGUGAGCGAAACCCCCCGAGCCGCGCCCAGCCCCUCGAAGGGAGAGGAGGGCUCUGUGCACAGCAGAGAGACGCAGGAGAGUCCUGCAGCCUGGGCUGGUUCUCAUGCCUCGUACCCUGGCAACUCGAUUCUUGAGGGAGGAGCCACAGCAUCAGUGUCCCCCGGCAGAGUGGAAGCCAAUGUCCCCAUGGUGCAGCCCAAUGCCUCGCCAGCCCCCAAGCAGGAAGAGGCAGCCGAGGACAGUGCGGAUGGUGGGGGCGCCCCGGAGCGCUGCCGGUCUCAACAGGACGGAGGGGCUCAGGGGCCGGAGACCAGCACAGCCGGUUCUUCCUCAGAGGCCUGUGACCCCCUCAAGGAGGACGGGAGUGAUGAGGUGAUGACCCCCAGUAGACCCAGGACCACCGAAGAUCUUUUCGCAGCUAUUCACAGAUCCAAGAGGAAAGUCCUUGGCCGUAAAGAUUCAGAUGACGACCACUCCCGAAACCAUUCUCCCUCCCCACCAGUGACACCCACCGGCGCUGCCCCAAGUCUGGCCUCUCCAAAGCAAGUGGGAUCGAUUCAGAGAAGCGUCCGAAAGAGCAGCACCAGCAGUGACAACUUCAAAGCUCUGCUGCUGAAAAAGGGGAGCCGUUCAGACACCAGCGCCCGCAUGUCGGCGGCAGAGAUGCUCAAGAACACCGAUCCGAGAUUCCAGAGGUCAAGGUCGGAGCCUUCGCCAGACGCCCCCGAGAGCCCCUCAAGCUGCUCCCCAAGCAAGAACCGAAGGGCCCAGGAGGAGUGGGCCAAGAACGAAGGCCUGAUGCCUCGCAGUCUGUCCUUUUCCGGCCCGAGGUACGGCCGCAGCCGAACGCCGCCCUCGGCAGCCAGCAGCAGGUACAGCAUGCGGAACCGGAUCCAGAGCAGCCCCAUGACGGUCAUCUCGGAGGGGGAAGCGGAGGCCGUGGAGCCCGUGGACAGCAGAGCUUGCGGGGCUCUGGGCGCGGCACAGGGAUGUUCACUGGACGGCCUGGCGGGGGAUGAGAUGGACGAGGGCAGCCUGCUCUGUGGCGAGGAGCCGGCCCCCUCCUUGCGGCCACCAGCCCCUGGCCCCGCCGAUGGGACAGCCGGCGCAGAGGGCGGAGCAUCACAACAGUAUGGGGGUUCUCAGAGGGAGGAGAGUUAGGGACACGCACGUGGCUCCCCCGGGUGAUGUGCGGGGGAGGGUUGAGCAGUGC